UGAACCCGUAGAGUCAUGCUCUUCGUCGAAUCUGAUAUAGAAAUUCACCAGCUGGUGCCUUUGCAGAUGGACCGAGAGCUGAUAGCACGACCGCCCUCACAUGUCGCGCUUGACACGUUCGCCCGUGACUCACAAGGCGCACGCGUGCCGCCGCCGCAGACCUCAGCUCAACUCCUCGGGCUCCCCGCUGGGCUGGACACGUAUCGUAGACGUGUCACCAUAGAACCAUGGGCAACGCGUGCCCACUACGAAUUAAAGCUACUAGGAGAUAGCCACGUCUCCCCGUGUGUACCCGUGCCGUGCAAGCCCGGCAAUUCGUUGAUCUCCGAAUCUCCCGCCCGUCAGUCUCGAGUCUCCACACCUGAAACGUCUGAGUCCAUGGCCGAGGCCGAAGUCGACGCCAGGGCCACGGCCGACGACGAGGGCCGCGGCGGCAGCAGCAGCAACGUCGCCGAAGACGGGCAGCCGGCUGCGGCGAAGGGGCGCGCGACCAUAUCCGUGACGGUGGUGCUGCUCGCGCUGCUGGUGGCCUCCGUGGCGGCGUUCCUGACGUCGUCGCUGCCGCGCGCCGGCGACGGCGACGGCGAGGGGGUGCAGGGAGCUGCUGGCAGGGCGGGGGAGGUCGGGAAGCGCGCCGAGCCCGUCGAGCACGCCGUCGGCAUCCCGGGGUUCAACAGCCGGCUGGACGCGUUCCGCACCUGGGCGGCGCUGACGUGGAUGAAGCUCCGGCGGCCGCGCUGCUCCGACGAGCCACGGUACGACGACGAUGGUGCCGUCGGCUCUCUGGGGGACGCCGCUAAGAAGAGCUUCGAGAUGGGCAAGGAGACGGUGGAGCAGGCGGCGGCGGCCACGGCGAGGGCCACGCGGGACGCCGCAGAGACGGCCAAGGAGAAGGUGAAGGGAAUAGAUGACGCUGAGCUCUGACUCUUGAGACCAUGCAUGCAUAUAGAGCUGAGCGAGCUCUAUCUGGAUUUCCAGUCCGCUUAGCUUGCUGGUCAAGACGCACAGCAGGUUGUGCUUGUAUAUGUUUGGUCACUUGGUACUAUCUUCACUUCACCUUGAGAUAGAUGUCAAACCUGACGGAGAUGGAUAGAUCAAAGCAAAAGAUGCGAAACAUGGCACAAA